GCAACCUCUGCUUGGCAGUUGGCCCGCAAUGAAUAUCUCCUCUUGGCCUAAAUUGUAGGCAUUUGACUCCUUUGAUGCAUGCUGGGAGGGGAGAUUGCUGUCGAUAUCGGCAGUGUAUCCCGGGCCAUGCUUACUGAGGAACCAGAGGAUUUACUUAUUUUAAGCAUCUUUAAGCUCUUGAUGUGUUGACUCUGACACGUCGGAAUGGUGUCCUAAGACCAGAGUUACAUGGCGAGAAAGCUCCGAGUACAGAAUGAAGCCUCGACACCCUCUUGUGCGACAUGCACUCAAUAUUGCGCUUCCCCAGACGCACCGCAUAACCCGGCCAGAGCUCUUAUCUGACUUUGUCCUCAAGGUUGCCGAAUUCCAGGUCGAACCGUUGAAGGAGGUCGAAUAGAGCAUGUCUGAUUGGAUGUUUCCUUAUCUCUUGGCCGCUUGGGUGGAGCGCCUAGCGUCAAGACCCUGGACAAGGACCAGGAUCCUUGUUCUCUUGAGUCCAAGUCGUGUAGCUCGGCCGAUACUUGAUAAAGAUAGACAUGCUCAAAGCGUGAGCGUUGGAGCCAAAUCUGGAGCGAAGUUGCUGUCUGUUCGAGACUGCUUAUUGUUGAAACUUUGUGUGUCUGACUGUGUCGUACGAGGUACUGAACUUCCUCUCGGGUCAAGGAUCACCGGUGUCACGUACGAUAUGGUUGUGUUCCAUUCCCAAAGAUCGUGUGAUAGACAUGAAAGAAAAUAAGCAUAUCGAGAGCCACAUGGGCACACGGUCUUCAAGUGGCUAAGAAUUGAUGUGAUUGACAUCGUUUCCCCGGAUUCUCAACUGUCAAAGAUGCUUUUGCGCCCGCAACGCCCUAGAUUGAGCCUUUGUUGCGCGCGUCAGUAUGCGAGUCGCCCGCUACGACGAUAGAUAUGAUCGGGGACCAUGUAUAUAAGCUGGACCUGCGUCCACUACAAGUUGACUGGUUCUCGAAGCCUAAGCUUACUUCGACGUUGAACAUCUUCAACAACUCUGCCUGGAGUUUCCUGGUAUCGACCUUUGCAACCAUCGUCAACUGCUUGAGAUAUCCAUCGGCUCCCACCCAGACGAGUGUUCUUCGACACAGACGGCAAUUGCUGGAUCAUUUCCCGAGAACGAGCAGGCCAUGGAACGACCGGAUCGUAAUGAUUACCAACACUCUUGCAUUGCAUGCCUUAUCAGACAGCAAAGACACCGUCAAACUAGGCAUUUCGUAACGGUUUCAGCUCAUUUCAGCUCCAAGAUGUGAUAUCAGAAUACACCACGACGCGAUAACCAGCUUCAUGUGAUGGUACGAUCCAAAGGCCAUUGGACAAGUCGAAUUGUGCAAAAUUGGCCAUACCCUUGGCAUAGAUAAGGAACUUAGGGAAGUUGGAGUGCCGUUUGUGAGCUAGGUCGCCUGUGGCGUCUUUAGCGCAAGAUAAGGGAUCUCUGCAUACCUUCAAACUUCAGGUAGGACACUCGGCAAAUAUGCGAUGAAUGUGCAAUUCGGGAGACUCGUAACUCAGAAUUGAGUCCGGCGCAGUUGAGCGGUUUGAUAAUGGAGUGCGGAAUCGGAAUCCGGUGCAUGCGUGGUCACGAAAACGGACGCGGAAGUCAGGUAUCUCAGUUGGGUAUCUCUGUUGAUAGUAUUUUGGCAUGAUUGGACAAAUGUCUUUGAUGCGUGACAGGGCUUACUUGACCGUACUCAAAUAAUGUCCAUUAUGAUUGCUCGUGGCCUGCUUCAAAGUUGGCCUGAAAACAAAGCCGUAAAGAAACCGUUCCAGGCUGCACAUGCGUUUUGCUUUUCCUAAGACAAAAUGCUAUUACUGGCGCGCCCGGAUUCCGGUGUUGCAUUGUCGCAGUUGAUAGGACCCUGUCCAGGCGGUCGAAUCAUGACUUGAGCUCAGUCUUCCAUUCUUUUUCCAGCUCAACUAGGCACUCGGCGACUUUCCAUGGUGCUUCUUCUUCUAGAAUUCUCC